AUGCUUUUGUUAGUAGCAAUCUGCACAGUUGGAAAUGCGUACUUCGUUCCAAAUGUUUAGUGCGCAUGCUAAUAGAUAAUUACGGAAUAAGAGUGCAAUAAUUGGAAUUGCUAAUGGGCGGUUGUAAGUCCUGCAACAGCAACGACCAAAGCAACAGGCUAUUGUUAAUAAGUGCCUUGUGGAGAUUUAAAUUAAACUUAAUGUCUAAAAGAAAGCUAUAGAUGCUAUUAUUAAGAAUCAACUUAGUAAGCAGCUAUUGUUUGUUUCACACUAGCUAAAUGUGAGGACAUAUAAUUAGCAGCUGGUGCAACAUGCUAAUCAAGCAAUCCUUCCUGUGUGCCUUCAAAUUUACAAAAACCUUAAUGUAUAGCAGCAGGAUUAUCAUGCAAGAAUUUAACAACAAUAGAAUAGUGUUAACCAGCCAAAGGUUAGACUUUGGCAGAUGAAGGUCUAUGCUAUUGGAAUGGCAGUUGCAAGGUAGUAAGUUAAUGUGGAGAUAUUGCCACUUAAAAUUAAUGUUAAUUGAGAUAAUUUUAAUUUGCUUGUUAUUGGACAGGCACAAAAUGCAGUCCUACAACAUGCUAAUAAUUAAGUCAAGAGAAUUGCAAAUAUGUUCUUCAAUCACCAUUGACUGGUGCUGGUGUAUAACCAUGCAAUUAUAUCGGUACCACCUGUGUAGAUGCACCAGUUGGAUCCUUAACAUAGAGCACUUGUUCUGCUAAUACUAAUAGUCAUUACAGAUGGGUUCCUAUAGAAUCCGGUGGAAUUUGUGCAUAAUGCAAUCCAUUCAAAUAUGUGUAUCGUAAUUAGUGUGAAUGCUAACAAUUGUUAUAAUAAAAUGAAUGCUAAAGUUCUGGAAAUUGCAAAUGGGCAGUUACUACCGGAACAACAUACGCAUGUUAAUCCUUGGCAUGUGCUGAUUAUCUUGUCUAAUAAUAAUGUGCUUAAGUAAAAGGAUGUUACUGGAAUGCUGCUGGAACUCCUCAAUGUACAGCUUACUCAAGUUGUUCUGAAAUAGCAGGAAAGAAUGGAUAGGCUUGUGUAACAUUAUCAAUCUUUUGUCCAGGAUCCAAUGGAACUACUUGUUUAUCAUAAGUGUCAUUGAAUUCAUGUUCAUCAAUUACCACACCAAAUAUCUGCUAUAAUUCCAUCGGCAAAGACGGAUAUUGUACUUAUGAACCUGGAAGCAAAGCUUGUGUUAAUAUUACUAGUUGCUCUAAUUUAAUGACUAGAUAAUUGUGUGAUUAAUUUAGUAAUUCUUGCAUUUGGAAAACUGGCACAUCUGCUUCAUGUUAAGUUAAAACUUGUUCAGAAUACUUGACUGAAUCAAGUUGUACUUACAUUCAAAACAAUAUCAAUAAUAAUGUCUUAAAUAUUUGUACUUGGAAUCCUGACACCAAAAAGUGCAAUUCCUUUGAUAAUUCUUUCAGUUAUGACGUCAAUUCAUGUUUUAGUUCAACAGGAAGAACUCAUCAUUGGAGUGAACCAUCCAAUGCCCAAAAGGGAUUGUGUUUACCUUGCCAUUAUUCUAGUGUCUUAAAUGUCAAGAGCAAUUGUUCUUGCAAGGAAUUGACAAAUUAUACUGAUUGUGCAUUGUCUUCUCCUAAAUGUUAUUGGAAUGCUGGUAAUUCUUAAUGCGAGAAUUAAAAAUGCUCCCAAUUAACUAGUUAAACCUAAUGUAUUCUGAGCAAAUAUUGUUAUUGGAGCAAUUCCCUCGGUUGUCAAGCAACAGGUUCCUCAACUGUCACAUGUUCUUAAUUGAGUGCAAACACAUAACAAGAAUGUUUAAGCCAAUCUAUCAUUUGCGCAGGUAUCAGCGGUGGCAAAUGCUCAUCUUCCCUCAAUAAUUGCAGUGAUUUCAGUACAUUCUAUUAAUGCUUUGGUUCAGUCGGUACUGAUGGUAUCUGCUAAUGGAAUCAAGCCUCAUCCAAAUGUUAAGGUAUCAGCAAUUGCAAUAUGAUUAACACCUAAGCCUAAUGCGAAUUAGUACUUAAUACUUGUUAUUGGGAUGCUUCUGCUAAUGGAACUUGUUCUUCAUACAAUUGCACAAGUCUGUACACUUAGACUAAAAGUUGCAAUUUCUAUUUAAGCACUCCAAACUAAAAUUACAAAGUAAACUCUUGUUACUUAACCAAUGGAACAUGCACCUCAGCCCCUAAUCUAGAAAGUUUAACUUCAUCAACUUGCUACGCUUCAACUGGAGGAACCGCCAGAUGGGAUUCAGGAGAAAAGAAUGGAACCUGUGUAAUGUGCUAUAGCUAAAUAAUCAGUGUUCUUUUCAUCAUCUUAAGUUACAUGUUUUGAGAUAUUCAAUUUAUAAAGUCCAUCAUAUUAAAACGUAUAAUUUAA